CUCCAACGGCUUAACAUGGAGAACACCAGCAGCGUGAGGGAAUUCAUCCUCCUGGGCCUCUCGGAGAACCGAGGGGUGCAGAAGAUAUAUUUUGUGCUGUUUCUGGCUUUCUAUCUGAUCACCGUGGCAGGAAAUCUGCUCAUCGUGGUCACCGUCACCAGCAGCCAGCGCCUGAACUCCCCCAUGUACUUCUUCCUCUGCUGCCUGUCCUUCGUGGACAUCUGCUUCUCCUCCACCACGGCUCCCAGGAUGAUCGCUGGCCUGCUGGUGGGGAGUCAAAGCAUCUCCUUCGUGGGCUGCAUGGCGCAGCUGUUCGCGUUCCACUUCUUCGGCUGCGCCGAGAUUUUCCUCCUGGCGGCCAUGGCCUACGACCGCUACGUUGCCGUCUGCAGGCCCCUCCACUACGCCGCCCUCGUGAGCGGGCGCGCCUGCGGCUGCAUGGUGCUGGGCUCCUGGCUCGGGGCCUUCCUGCACUCCUCCCUGCAGCUCCUGCUGACCGCUCGCCUCCCGUUCUGCGGCCCCAACAGGAUCGACCACUACUUCUGCGACGUCCACCCCCUGCUGCGCCUGGCCUGCGCCGACACCCGCCCGGCGGGCGCCGCCGUGGUGCUCAACGGGGGCUUGAUAACUCUGAGCGCUUUCGUCAUCCUGCUCUCGUCCUACGUGCUCAUCCUGGUCUCCCUGAAAGGCCAGACGGCUGCGGGGUGGCACAAGGCCCUGUCCACCUGCGGGUCCCACAUCGCCGUGGUGAUCCUGUUCUUCGGGCCCUGCACCUUCGUCUACAUCCGCCCGUCCAGCAGCCUGGCCGAGGACAAGGACGUGGCCGUGUUCUACGCCAUCAUCGCACCCAUGCUGAACCCCCUCAUCUACACCCUCCGGAACGAGGAGGUGAAGAGCGCCGUGAGAAAGCUGUGGAGCAGAAAAGUGGGGAGUGAAAAUGGAAAGGUGUAG